AUGUCCUCCUCCACCCACUUUUCCGACCCAUCAAGCUUCCAGCAACAGUCAAACAACUUCACUUCUUGGCUGGAAGGAAGCCCGGGUGUCAAGGUCAACUCCAAGAUCUUCCUAGCCGACCUUCGAGCGAAUGGUGCUGGACGAGGAAUCGUGGCCCGAUCAAACAUCGAAGAAGGAGAAGAACUAUUCUCGAUCCCGCGCUCCCUAAUUCUCGCCGUGCAGAAUUCAGACCUGAAGUCCCUGCUCCCCCCAAGAUUGAUGAUAUACGAAUACCUAAAGGGACCCUCGUCUCAAUGGGCAGCUUACUUCCAAAUUCUGCCCACCCAAUUUGACACAUUGAUGUUCUGGUCCGCGGCGGAAUUGCAUGAAUUGCAGGCCAGUGCCAUUGUUGACAAGAUUGGCAAACAGGGUGCCGAUGAGUCUAUCCUGGGGUCAAUCGCCCCAGCUGUACGGGCGAACCCGUCUCUAUUCCCGCCUGUUGGUCAAAUCUCUUCAUACGAGGGUGACGCCGGUGCUGCCGUUCUGCUGGAACUUGCUCACAUGAUGGGUUCUCUCAUCAUGGCUUAUGCUUUUGACAUUGAGAAACCCGAAGAUGAUGAUGACGAAAUGAACGAUGCGGAUGAUAGCUAUAUGACCGAUGAUGAAGAAGAGCAGCUACCCAAGGGCAUGGUCCCUCUGGCUGAUCUCCUGAAUGCCGACGCUGACCGCAACAAUGCCCGUUUAUACCAAGAAGAAGAGUCCUUGAUCAUGCGUGCAUUGAAACCCAUCCGUGAAAACGAGGAGAUUUUCAAUGACUACGGAGAGAUUCCUCGCGCAGACCUACUCCGCCGCUACGGCUACGUGACAGAAAACUACGCCCCAUUCGACGUCGUUGAACUAUCCCUGAGAGAUAUCUGCCAAUCAGCCGGUCUUCCUACCGAUAAUUUGGAAUCGCAACCGAGGCUUCAAUUCCUCGACGAGCAUGAAGUCUUGGAAGACGGAUACGUCAUCCCGAGACCCUUGAACAAUGCCUCACUUGAGGACAUUCUACCUGCAGAAUUAGUCGUUCUACUCACGACGCUGACGCAGACACCCGAGGAAUUCGAACAGCGCCAAUCCAAAAACAAGCUGCCAAAGCCAUCCAUGGAUUUGAAACAGGCCACUCUUCUCUACAAGGCCUUCCAGACCAAGCAAGCUCAAUAUGCAACAUCGCUCGCUCAGGACACCCAACUCCUUCAAAGUCUUUCCUCACCUGCGUCUCUGGAAGGGUCAUCUCGUCGGCUGAAGAUGGCUCUCCAGGUACGUAUGGGCGAGAAGGAAAUUUUCCAGGCUGUUCUGGCGAUGCUUGAAUCCAUCGGUGCAGCUUGA